GGCCCCUCUUUCUUCCCUGGACUCACGUGAAGACUCUGAAUCUGAGUGAUCUGAUUGAGCUCGCCGAACUUCAUCGAGGGACGUUCGCAUCCCCAUCACAGGACAAAAAGAAAAACAGAAUGUCUACCGACUUCAAAACAAUCCCUCUAAUCGAUAUCGGUCCCCUUUUGGCCAAGUGCGAUGAUCCGAAAAUGGGUGAAGAUCCGGGCGUGGCUGAAGUCGUCAGGCAGUUGGAUCAGGCUUGCAGAGAGGCUGGUUUCUUCUACGUGAAGGGCCAUGGUAUUCCCGACUCCCUCAUUAAAAAGGUUAGAACCUCGACGCAUGAAUUUUUCAAACUUCCUUGUGAAGAGAAGUUGAAGAUCAAGAUGACUCCAGCGGCAGGAUACAGGGGAUACCAGCGCGUUGGUGAAAACAUCACCAAAGGUGUACCUGACAUGCAUGAGGCCAUUGAUUGUUACAGAGAAGUGAGACAAGGGAUGUAUGGAGAUCUUGGCAAGGUCAUGGAAGGAUGUAACCAGUGGCCAGUUGAUCCUCCACAUUUAAAACCAAUCAUGGAGGAAUACAUUAGCCUUUGCACUGAACUUUCAAGAAAGAUCAUGAGAGGUAUUGCGUUAGCGUUAGGCGGAUCCCCAAGUGAAUUUGAAGGUCAAAGAGCUGGAGACCCAUUUUGGGUAUUGCGUAUAAUUGGUUAUCCAGGUGCAUCAAAAGCAAAUGGCCUUGGAAGUCCUGAAAAUGACAUUGGAUGCGGAGCGCACACUGAUUAUGGUUUGUUGACUCUGGUGAAUCAGGAUGACGGCAUCACUGCUCUUCAGGUCAAAAACCUCUCUGGUGAGUGGAUCUCUGCUGUUCCUGUUCCCGGAACAUUUGUUUGCAACAUAGGCGACAUGCUCAAGAUUUGGUCCAAUGGCUUAUAUGACUCAACAUUGCAUCGCGUAAUUAAUGGUUGCCCAAGAUAUCGAGUCUGUGUAGCAUACUUUUAUGAGCCCAAUUUCGAUGUCCCAGUGGAGCCUUUAGAUGUCUGUGUGAGGAGAACUGGCGGAACCAAGAAGUUCGGAAGAGCAUGCUAUGGAGAGCAUUUAGUUAGCAAAGUCCAAACAAAUUUUGUGGUGUAAAAUACAAAGCCCUAUCUCUUCCCUUGUCAGUUUGAACUCGACAUAAAUGAGUAUUUGUAGUUGAUUGCUCAAUGUUGUACUCUGCGCUGUGGAUAAUGGAUUUGUAACGUCAUGGAAUAAUGGUUGUGUGUUUUCUUCCUGAAGUCAUUAAUAACAGGUUUGACUGUGGGUGCUACAUUUAUCCUGUUUUUAGUUUUUGGGCUAUUGGAUUUUCA